CAUGACUCCAGUCUUUUCUCCUCCUCGCUCGCUGAACUCAAGCAGCUCAAGCUCGUCUUGGAUGUGCUGACGUGUCGGCAGAUCAACAGCUGCCAGCAUGGCUGCACGAAAUUCACAUUUUUAUUACGUUUUUACGAUUGUUAUUUGCGCUAGUUUUCACAUAAGCGACGCGGACCGGCGCUUCUCCGACCUGAAGCGAUGCGCCGAUGAAGAAUGUAGCAUGCUUCUCGUCAGAGGGAAGGCCGCUAAGGAUUUCGCGGGGCCGGACUGUCGGUUUCUCUCUUUCAAGAAAGGAGAGACGAUAUAUGUAUAUUAUAAACUCUCAGGGCAGAGGUCGGACAUGUGGGCUGGCAGUAUUGGAAACCACUUUGGUUAUUUCCCAAAGGACUAUCUUAAUAUAAAUCAUAUAUAUACUGAUAAAGAAUUGGAGGUACCUACGGAGGAAACCGAUUUUGUUUGCUUCGAGACUGGCCUUGAUAAAUUUGAAACGUAUGAUAUAGAUGUGCUGUUGAUAGAAAAUGAGAAUUUAACAGAGGAAUCAACAGCCCCAGCUCAGAAUGAAGAUUUAUCUCAACUGUCUACUGUAACAGAGACCGAAUCAGAGUCAGUCGAUUCAGAAUCAACAUUAAUUCUUGAAUCAGAGUCAGUCGAUUCAGAAUCAACAUUGCCUAUUGAAUCAGAGCCAGUAGGUUUAAAAUCAACAUCGCCUCUUGAAUCAGAGUUAGUUGAUUCAGGAUCAACAUUGCUUAUUGAAUCAGAGUCAGUCGAUUCAGAAUCAACAUUGCCUAUUGAAUCAGAGUCAGUCAAUUCAGAAUCAACAUCAAUUCUGGAAUCAGAGUCAGUUGAUUCAGAAUCAACAUCACUUUUUGAAUCAGAGAGUUUCAGAAUCAACAUUGAUUGA